GCUAUUAAAAAAUGGCUGCCUUGUUGUCGGCGACUGUUGGGCGCUUGUUUGGAAAUUAAUGUUUGUUUCUUUUAUUAUGUGUUUCGUUAACUGUCUACGCGUGGUUUCGCUGAAUUAGUUAAGCGAAUAAGUUUUUUGAUUUCGGAGAAAAGCGCACCAGCAGUCUGCCCAGAAGCAUUUAAGCUAAGCAGAUGUCUAACCCACCACCUUCACUAGUACAAGAGUAGAUGUUAAGUUUCCUUUGGUUGUUUUUACGUUAAUCUAACAAGAUGUGGCCGGCAUCGCAGUACUCCCAUUCCAACCAGCACGCCCAGAAUGCGGCGAAGGCGAAUGAGCACCAGAACCAGCAGAACUUGAAGACGCUGGGAAUGACCUCUGCCAUUUCCAUGGCAGGUCCAAAACCCAUAGACAUAGAAAAGACGAACGAGCUCAAAGACGCACUAGUACCUUUCGGCGUGUUCGAAUCAGAGCAAGAGAUGCAUCAUCGUAUGGAGGUUCUGGGCGCGUUACAUCGGCUCGUCCGUCAGUGGAUAAGAGAUGAAUCACUCAGAAAAAAUAUGCCACUGAGCGUAGCUGAGACAGUUGGUGGGAAUAUUUACACGUUCGGAUCUUACAGACUUGGAGUCCAUCACCGCGGCGCCGACAUAGACGCGCUGUGCGUGGCCCCGCGACACAUUGACCGCUGCGAUUACUUCGCCUCAUUCUACGAGCUACUCAAGACACAGCCGCAGGUAAAAGACUUGCGUGCAGUGGAAGACGCUUUUGUGCCAGUCAUCAAAAUGAACUUUGACGGAAUAGAAAUUGAUUUGCUGUUCGCCAGACUUGCACUAAAAGAGAUACCAGAUUCUUUUGACCUUCGUGACGACAUGUUACUUAAAAACCUGGACCAGAAAUGCGUCCGUUCGCUCAACGGAUGCAGAGUGACGGACGAGAUCCUCCGCCUCGUGCCUAAUAUAAACAACUUUAGACUUACCUUACGGGCCAUCAAGCUGUGGGCCAAACGACAUGGCAUUUACUCAAACACACUAGGAUAUCUGGGAGGAGUAUCUUGGGCCAUGCUAGUAGCACGAACAUGUCAACUGUACCCAAACGCUCUGCCCGCGACGCUUGUGCACAAGUUCUUCCUGGUAUUCAGUCAGUGGAAAUGGCCGCAGCCGGUGCUGUUGAAGCAGCCAGAUUCUGUCAACCUUGGCUUUCCGGUUUGGGACCCACGGGUGAACAUCUCAGACCGUUUCCACUUGAUGCCUAUCAUCACACCAGCAUACCCUCAACAAAACUCCACAUUCAACGUGUCAGCGUCCACUAGAACUGUAAUAAUGGAAGAAUUUAGACUUGGUUUAGACAUAACUGACGAAAUAAUGCUGGGCAAAUGCGGCUGGGAGCGACUAUUCGAAGCGCCACACUUCUUCUCAAGAUACAAGCACUUCAUUGUACUACUAGCAUCGUCUGCAAGGGCCUUAGACCAGCUGCAGUGGUGUGGUCUAAUCGAGAGCAAGAUACGACAUCUUAUCACGACGCUAGAAAGAAAUCCUCAUAUAACGAUAGCGCACGUGAACCCAGAGUGCUACAACUCAGUUCCGCUCAACACUAACAACGGACAACCGCUUGCACUACCGCCAGGUAUAGCGUUGCCAGCUGACAGUGUGAUGAAUGAAAUCAACAAAAAUGAAGAAGGUGAAGUGAUGGCUAACGUGUGUUCAAUGUGGUUCAUCGGGUUGGUGUUUGACAAGACGAACGUGAAUGUGGAUCUCACGUAUGACAUUUCCUCCUUCACUAAAGCCGUGCACUACCAGGCUGAAAACAAUAGUAUGCUGCGGGAGGGUAUGACUAUAGAGGCGCGGCACGUAAGACGCAAGCAACUCCACCAAUACCUGUCGCCGUCCUUGAUCAAGAGGGAGCGGACGCAGUCGGGCACCAAGCGCAAGCACGACACCAACGCGCACCCGCCCAGCGCGCCCACCAUACACCCGACCGCGCCCGUCAAGAAGACCAAGCGGCUGUCCGAGAGCAGCGUGAGUAGUAGCCCGACGGACGAAGUCAGCAUUAUAUCCUACAACGACGACUCAAACUCCUCAAACAUGGUGGAAGUCAACAUACCAAAUGGCAACGCCACAAACCAUUCGCAGGAAAUAGACAGAAACAAACCAACGGACAAACAGAUAAAGCCGGAUCAUACUCCCUCAACGUCAAGCACUAUAGCAUGCACGUAGCAGUACGAGGAAUGGCGUCAGAGGUUCAUAUACGGAACCAGUAACGUCAAACUGAAUCGUGUGAAACGCGCCUAAGACGUUUACUUACCAUAGUGUAGUUAGCCUUUACGGCUUUCGGACAAACGUUAAGACAAAAGUUAAAAACCUCCUUUUUGGAGAAACAAGUAAUGUGUCUAUGACAGUGAUUUUAUUUAAGCAUACGUGAUAGUGAUGUGAACUUUGUGAGAGUUAAUUAACAGUAAAACUUUACCCUUUUUCUUGGGCGGUUC